GCGGUGGUCCGCCAUUUCGUGGACGCCGGAGAAGUGUGCGCAUCUCCUUUUGGUGGCUUAGCCCGAGAAGUUCGGGGAAAGCAAUCCGGGUGUGUGGGUUUGAGCCUCCGCGUUUCUACUCCACGACCUCGAAAUGCAUCGUGAUUCCUGUCCUUUGGACUGUAAGGUUUAUGUAGGCAAUCUGGGAAACAAUGGCAACAAGACUGAAUUGGAACGGGCUUUCGGCUAUUAUGGGCCACUCCGAAGUGUGUGGGUUGCUAGAAACCCUCCCGGCUUUGCUUUUGUUGAAUUUGAGGAUCCUCGAGAUGCAGCUGAUGCUGUUCGAGAACUAGAUGGAAGAACACUGUGUGGCUGCCGUGUAAGAGUGGAACUGUCCAAUGGUGAGAAGAGAAGCCGAAACCGUGGUCCGCCUCCCUCUUGGGGUCGUCGCCCUCGAGAUGAUUACCGAAGGAGGAGUCCUCCACCUCGCCGCAGAUCUCCAAGAAGGAGAAGCUUCUCUCGCAGCCGGAGCAGGUCCCUUUCUAGAGAUAGGAGAAGAGAGAGAUCACUGUCUCGGGAGAGAAAUCACAAGCCGUCCCGAUCUUUCUCUAGGUCUCGUAGCCGAUCUAGGUCGAAUGAAAGGAAAUAGAAGAGCAGUUUGCAAGAAGUGGUGUACAGGAAAUGACUUCAGUUGACAGGAGUAUGUACAGAAAAUUCAAGUUUUGUUUGAGACUUCAUAAGCUUGGUGCAUUUUUAAGAUGUUUUAGCUGUUCAAAUUUGUUUGUCUUUUGGAACAGUGACACAGCAAUGUAAUUCUCUAUGGUUUGAAAUGGAUCAUAUGAGGCAUGUAAUAUCAAGAAUUGUUGCUUUACAAUGUUCCCUUAAGCAAGAUUAAAUUUGCGUUGAACUUUAGUCUUGCAUAGGACUGAAAUAAAAAGCUCUAAAUCUUGCCCAGCUGAAGUGUGAUGUGCUAAUGUUACAGAAGCAGAACUACAGAAGUGGAACUGAGAUUACUUUGCGCCUAGCUGGGAUACAGUAUGCAGCUGUAGCUGAAUAAACAGUCUUUAAAAGUGGCCAUGCUCACAGACAGGCCAGCGGGUAAAGAUCAAAGCUGCGUCAUUAAACCAGAUGAGUGUUUCCUAAAUCCAGCUGGUCUUCACUUCACCCUGGGCAUAGGUUGCCUAGUUGGUUUAACACCUGAUGUGAAAGUUUACCUUUUAAGUGUCUUACGUGAUUGCUAUAUAUGAAUACAUGGCUGUUUGUAACAUUCUUUAUUUGGAAAUUUAAGAUUUCAAAAAAUGUCCUGCCAGUUUAAGGGUACAUUGUAGAGUUGAACUUUUGAGUUACUGUGCAACUUUUUUUUUCAUGCUGUCAUUUGUAAUAUGUUUUGUGAGAAUUCCUUGGGAUUAAAGUUUUGGUUACAAAUUGUUGUUUAACUUGAAAGCCUGUUUUUCCUUGCAAACUCAAAUCUGUGAGCUUGGUACCAAGUCCAGGUAUAACAUUCCUAUUGGAAGCCAUACUUAUAUUUUCUUGUAAAGUGCUUUUGAAUUAAUAAAAUAUUAGCAUAAUUGUGUAAUAGUUGAACCCACUGUUACCAUUGUUCUGGUCCCUUGGGAAGCAGCUGGUCACGUAGUUCUUUAUAAGAAACACAAUGGAGGCACUGGAGAGUAGUCUGAAGUUACGGGGAAAUUUUGGUCGUUACCCGAGUGAUGUUAGUUACUCUUAGGAGUUGAGGCCAAAGCCAGUUCAGGGUCCAUGAUCUUAAAAGUAAGCAGCAGCCUGGUAUAUUGUAAUCCAAAUUAUGUUGCCCAUU